AUGUCCUGCUGCCAGCCCUGCAACCCUUGCUGCCAGCCCUGCGGCCCCUGCCCGCUGGCCAACAGCUGCAAUGAGUGCUGUGUCAGGCAGUGCCAGAGCUCCCACGUGGCCAUUGAGCCGCCUGCUGUGCUGGUGACCCUGCCUGGCCCCAUCCUCAGCUCCUUCCCACAGAACACCGUGGUGGGAUCCUCCACUUCCGCUGCUGUUGGCAGCAUCCUCAGCUGUGGGGGAGUGCCCAUCAGCUCCGGGGGCUUUGACCUCUCCUGCAUCACCAACUGCUAUGGCAGCAGAUGUUGUCCCCCCUGCUAA